AUGCCGUACACCACAACAUCCUUCCUAAUGGCUUUAGUUGAAAAGAAUCGCUUUUUUCACUGGUGUAUUGUGGCAAAUUUUUUCAACGAUACUAAUUGGUAUUACGAAGGUGGAAUAUCUUCAGUUUAUCUAUGGGAUAUGGAUCAUGGAUUUGCUGGGGUUAUCCUGAUCAAAAAAGCUGGUGAUGCCAAACUAGCCAGUGGUUGUUGGGAUUCAAUUCAUGUCAUUGAUGUCGUCGAAAGACCGUCUGCUAAAAUAUCCAUAUAUAAACUUACAAGCACGGUCAUGUUAUGGCUUCAAACUCAGCGAGAAGCAGCUGGAUAUUUCAACUUAGGUGGUAGUUUAACAAGAUUUUGUGAGCGUGAACUUCCUUUGGGGGAUGCAGGUGUUCCAAUAACUACAUCUCAUAUCGUUAAUAUCGGACGUAUGGUAGAGGAUGUUGAGAAUUCAAUUCGUUCAACUUUGAAUGAAGUAUACUUUGGUACUACAAAAAAUAUCGUCGAUUCAUUACGUUCUAUUGUACCUGCUUCAGAAGAGGAGAAACGUCGACGUCUGGUUCAAGAAGUUCAUACAGCCUUACAAAAUAAGUCUCAACUAUAAAUUCAAUCUCGUUACACCAUUAAUUUUUAGCUGUAAUAAUAAUAAUCAGUAACUUGAUGAUUUUUCUCACUUUAUUAUCUUAUAUAACUGGAAUGUGGUAUAUUUUUUGUUCAAAAGUUACUGUUUUUACUCAUUUUUUUACCUGGUUGCUGUUGUUGUCCCUUACCCUCUGCGUCGUGUGUACGACAAAAGGGUGCAUAAAUUUCGAAAUGUUUGGAGCUCCAUCUUUCACCAUAUAUAUUCUUAAGCAUAUCAUUCCGCUUUACAGCAUUAUUCAAAGUUGUAAUGACAAUAAACCAAUAGUACACUAUCACACUAAAAUAUGCUUUUCAUAAUUUAAUAUAAGCAUAGUUUAACUGUGCUAAUAAGAAUCACCGCCGUGUAUGUAUUACCUGUCAGUGAUGUUUUUUCCUCUCUAAAGAUUUGUCAAUAAAUUUCUUACAUCUAGAAGGUCAAAAAACGUUAGCAGCAUUGAUCAAGUUUCUGCUCAGUCAAUUUUCCGUAUCUAAUACUUUCUUUGAUUUUGCUACCUUCAAUUGUAUCAGCCUACAUUAUUUCUAUUACUUACUACUACUAUUAUUAUUAUGGAUGUUGCUGCUGAAGGUGGUAUAUUUCAGGAGUUUUAGAUGCAAUAUUUUGAAUAAAACUGAUUUUUUAAAAUUGUUAUUGUAUUUUUAGUGCAGAAAAUGUUGUGUUUUUUUAAUUAGUAUAAUGUUCGGG